UCUCAAAAUGUGAUAUGCCAUACUUACACUGAACAACAUUUCUAGGCAGCAGAUGGCGCUCUUUCCCUUCAAAAAUUGUGGAUGAGAAUGAUUGUGUGUGGAAAUCUACUCCAUGCAUCAUCCAGCCAUCCAUCCAUCCAUCAGACAGUUCAAUAAUUGUCAUUUGGGCAUGGCUGAGUUGUCCUUACCUUUGGUGUGAGACACGAGUUGGGGUCCCUUUGCUUUGAUGAAAUAUUUGUGUUGAAUUUAUUGAGACCCAUGCUUAUUUCUAUCAGCUAAAUGGGAAUAGUCUCCACGAACACAUGACACCACAUGUAGCAGCCACGGUCUUUAUAAAUAAAUUUAUUUUUCGGAAAGAAAUUGUACUGUUUGGUGAAUGUUUUCAAGUUCGGGGAUCCUGACCCACGAACUGGUGGGUAGUUCACUACCUCCAGUAGACACUCGACGCGUCUGCGAGAGUCGAUCCCACUGAGGGUCGGUCUCCCUUCUGACCAGUCGACACGGUGGCAGCUGCCGCUAGAACUAUCCACAUUAGCAAACACACCGGUACCUCUCCAAAUGGAUGGAAGCUGAUACAAAGGAGCGAAAGAUCCAAUGCAAGGCUGCCUGCAUGUCUGUCAGAUUUCCAGGGUGGUGAUGAUGGUUAUGGGAGCCAACAGCAUCUGGCUGCCCUGAAAGAGGCAGCCCGUAUACUCUGGACAACACUAGCCAAGCCCGCAGAGGAGGAAGAGGAGCCCUAGGUGGUGGUGGUGGUGUGAGGAGGAUGGAGCAGGCCCGUACGCUGCUCCUCAACGAGGAGGCCCUGGGGCAGCUGGGGGAGCACCAGAGGGCCGAGUUUGUGUACGAGUGGCUGCGCUUCCUCAAGAAGCUGCUGCCCACCACAGACCGGGCGGAGGUGAAGCAGAAGCAGAAGCGGCUGGUGGAGCAGCUGCUGGCGGUGCUGACGGGCUCCCCUGGCCCCCCGGGGCCCCCCACCCGGCGCCUGCUGGCCGCCUGCCUGGCCCUGGUCUACCGCCAUGGGGACUCGCUCAGCGCCUCGCUGGCCCUGGACCGCUGCAGCGACAUCAUCCGCAGCAAGGACGACUCGCCCAGUGCGCUGCCCACACGCCUGGCGGCCAUCACGUGUGUGGGAGCGCUGUAUGAGCAGCUGGGCCGCCUCCUCAUCUCCUCCUUUAAGGACUCCGUGGGGACACUCCUCAAGGCCAUCAAGAACGCAGAGUCGCAGGGGCGCUAUGAGAUCAUGGUGAGUGUGGAGCGUGUCCUGCGGGGGCUGGGCGUGAGCGCCGUGCCCUGCCACCGGGACAUCUACAAGGCGGCCCGCACCUGCCUCACCGACCGCUCCAUGGCCGUACGCUGUGCCGCCGCUAAGUGCCUGUUGGAGCUGCAGAGGGAGGCCGUGUUCCUGUGGAGCUCUGAGCUUGAGAGCACGGCCACGCUCUGCUUCCGGGCCCUGGAGGGCUCCAGCUACGAGGUGCGGGUGGCCGUGGCCAAGCUGCUGGGCACCCUGCUGGCCUCCGCCCUGGAGCCCAAGCAGCCCGUCGCCCCACGGCCCAAUGGGAAGCGGCUGUGUGUGGAGGAGGUGAUGGAGAUGCUGUCGGGGGGCUUCCUGCGGGGGGGCGCAGGCUUCCUCCGGGCCAGCGGGGACAUGCUGAAGGGAGGCAGCUCCGUCAGCCGAGACAUCCGCGUCGGCAUCACUCAGGCGAUUGUGGUGUUUGUGUCUGCGCUGGGCGGCGGCUGGCUGGAGCUUCACUUCCCCAGUCUGCUGUCCCUGCUGCUGGAGCUGGCCUCGCACCCGCGCGCCACCCAGACGCCCGCCGACGCCGCCUGCACCCGCCGCUGUGUCUCCUUCGCCCUGCGCGCCACGCUCGGCACGCUGCUCGGGGAGAAGGCCCAGGUGGCCGCCGCCAAGGAGAUCUGUCGCGCCGUCAGCCCCCAGAAGAAAACCACAGAUGCCGGCACAGCAGAGGUGAACCCGGAGGUGUAUGUGAACCAGCACGUCCUGGUGUGUGCCCUGCUGGAGCUGGGCAGCCUGGUGCAGGGACUGGGCUCAACGGCCACGCCUCUGGUGCAGGACUCCAGCAUAGGCCUGUUGGACUGUGUGAUCUCGGUGCUACUCCACCCCAGUGCCUGUGCCCGCCUGGCGUCGGCCUGGUGCCUGCGCUGCGUGGCGGUGGCCAUGCCCGGCCAGGCGGCCACGCUGCUGGAUCGCUGUGGCGAGCGGCUGACGGCCCUCAAGUCCUGCCCCGAGGCCGUGGCCGGAUACAGCGCCGCCGUCGCCGCCCUGCUGGGCGCUGUGCAGCACUGCCCGCUGGGCAUACCGCACAACAAGGGCAAGAUGGUGUUGGAGCUGGCGGAAGAUCUCCUUCGCUCGGCCGCCCAGAACAGUCGCUUCUCAAUGCAGAGGUCUCAGGGCGGCUGGCUACUACUGGCUGCCCUCAACACGCUAGGCCCUGCGGUGGUGGGCGACCUGCUGGGCCGUGAGCUGCUGCUGCUGCGCUCUGCCUUCCCGCCGUCGGUGCGGGAGCUGGAGGCGGAGCUCCGCAGGGGGGACUGCUUUACCUGGCAGGUCACGCUGGAGGGCCGCGCCGGAGCACUCAGCGCGCUGAAGAGUCUGGUGUUGUGCUGUGGAGAGCUGAUGACUGAGGAGCUGUGGGCUCGGCUGCAGACUGCCCUCUCCUGUGCCGUCACUCUGCUCAACCACCUGCCCACGGUGGUGAAGUCGUAUGGCAACCAGAUCAGGAACGCUGCUACACUCUACAGACUCCGAGUCUACGAGAUCCUGGUGCUGCUACCCCCUGACACAUACACAGAGGCACUGGGCUCGUUGUUGCGUCAGCUGGUGAAUGAGCUGACUGGAGAGAACUCGUCCUGCUGUGAGCUGCUGCUGCUGCCCCCCCUCUGCCACCCCUCAGACCUCCCCCUCACUGGCAUCACCAACCAGGACACCGACCACAGAUACAUAGAGGAACAGCUCCAGGGUGGCAGCCUGGGCAUCGGUACCCUGGAGUACGACCCCUUUACCAUCUUCCAGAGCCCUCAGCAGGUGCCUGCUCCCACGCCCUCCGCCACCACCCUCACCAACGCCACCGUCCAGCUCUUUGGGGUCGUCUUUCCUCAACUGGCUACCCCACACAGGGCCCAGACUCUGGAGCAGCUGGGUGAGGCUCUGCGGCAUCUGAAGGGAGUGAGGCAGCAGACGGCACACAUCCUCGUCACCUCCGCCCUCUGCUGCGCACUCAAGUCUCUGGGCAGUGCCCGGGCAGGCCUGGGCGGAGAGGAGGUGUGCAAGCCGGCGCGCUCGCUCCUGUGGGGGGCGCUGGAGAGCCCCAGCGGGCUGCUGCGCUGCGUGGCGGCCGAGGGCUGCGCUCGCCUGGUGCAGGCCACCAACGACCCCGCCUUCACCGCCUCCAUGACCAUGGCCAGCCUCGACAAGUUGAAGUGUGCGCGUGAGGCGGUGUGUCGUGCGGGCCAUGCCCUGUGUCUGGCGGCUCUGCAGCGCUACAGCGGGGGCAUCAGCUCCACCCAGCAGCUGGCCUCCUGCGUGGGAGUACUCUUCCCCCUCGCACACGACACCAGCGCACCCGAGCUACAGACGUGGUCGGUCCAUGCCCUGGCGGUGCUGGUGGACCUGUCUGGGCCGCUGUAUCGCGUCCACGUGGAGCCCAGCCUGUCCCUGGUGCUGCGGCUGCUGCUCUCCUCGCCCCACAUCCACACGCACACCGAGCUGCACUACAGCCUGGCACUCUGCCUGCACCAGCUCAUCACCACCCUCGGACCAGACCUGCAGGAGGAGAGUGAUGGUGUGUGCUGGCUGCGCGGCGUGUGCUUGACGGCGUGUGCGGUGCUGCAGGAGAGCCAGGAGUGUGUCCUGCAGGCCCAGGCCAUCUCCUGCCUGCAGCAGCUCCACCUCUUCGCACCACGCCACCUCAACCUGGCCCAGCUCGUACCCAGCCUGUGUGAGGUGUUGUUGGAUUACUCGGUGUUGGUGAACAUGUGCAGCUCGUACCUGCUUCUGCGGCGUGCGGUGGUGGCGUGUCUGAGGCAGCUGGCCCAGAGGGAGGCCGUGGAGGUGUGUGAGCACGCCGUCACGCUGGUCAAAGAGCUGCCCCGACGAGACAACACACACCUAGACGUGACCAUUAAGGAGGUGGGCCUGGAGGGAGCGCUGUUCUGCCUGCUGGACCGCGAGUGGGACGGCCGCUUGCGCCAGGACAUCCGGGAGACGCUGGGCCACAUGCUGGGCUCGGCCGCCACCGGCAAGCUGGCACACUGGCUCAAGCUCUGCAAGGACGUGCUGCUGGCAUCCGCAGACAGCGCGGCGGUGGCGGCGGGGGCCCUGGACCCUCAGCAGCAGCAGGGGGACGAGGAUGGCGGGGGCGACGACGACUCCUCCGUGUUCCAGGCGCGCAGCGGCGACUCUGGCGGCUCCUUCGGCAGCCUGCGCUGGGCCACGCGCGUGUUCGCCGUGCAGUGCGUCUGCCGCGUAAUGGCGCUGUGCGAGAGCGCCGACCCCGCCCACUUCGACAUGGCCCUGGCUCAGGAGCGCCGCCUGCAGGAGUCUACAGAUUUCCUGGUGCUGCACCUGGCCGAUCUGAUCCGCAUGGCGUUUGUGGCGGCGACGGACCACAGUCAGCAGCUGCGGCUGGCCGGCCUGCAGACUCUGCUCCUCGUCAUCCGCAAGUUCGCCAGCGUCCCCGAACCCGAGUUCCCCGGACAUGGCAUCCUGGAGCAGUACCAGGCCAACGUGGGAGCUGCUCUCAGGCCGGCGUUCACUGCUGAUGCCCCUCCUGAUGUGACCGCCAAAGCCUGCCAGGUGUGCAGUGCGUGGAUCUCCAGCGGGGUGGUGAGUGAGCUGCGUGACGUGCGGCGUGUGCACGAGCUGCUGGUGUCCAGCCUGCAGAGGGUGCAGGGCGGCCGCGAGGUGCCCAGCCUGCUCUACAACGAGGGCACCGCCGCCAUGGAGACACUCGCCGUGCUCAAGGCCUGGGCAGAGGUUUACAUAGUGGCAGUGCAGACAGCCAGCCGGAGCGAGACCACGGAGACUGACACGGAGGAGGAGGGCAUUGGAGCAGGAGGAGAGGAAGGAGGAGGAGUUAGUCCGGCAGCAGACGCCAACCUGCUGUGCUUCGUGCAGACGGACCUGCCCACCCUCAGCCGCCUGUGGCUGGCCGCCCUGCAGGACCACGCACUCCUCACCCUCCCUGCACACUACGCCCACAAGCUGCCCCCCGCAGGCGGUGCGUUCUACGCUGCCGAGACCCUGGAGCAGGCUCGUCCGCACUACUGCUCCUCGUGGGCCCCCAUCCUGCACGCCUGCGCCCUCUGGCUCAACAGCACGGGCUUCAUCCUGACGGACGAGGGUCCCGCCAACCUGUCCCGGCCCGUCACCCCCACCUCCAUGGGCCAGUCCACCUCGCUCGCCACCGUCAAGUCCCCCGAGGACAUCAACACCGAGCGCCUGCACCUCAUACUGGGCAUCAGUGUGGAGUUCCUGUGCUCCCCCCACUCCCAGGACCAGAUGGAGAACAUCACCUCCUGUCUCCAGGCGCUGCAGGCCCUGCUGGACGUGCCCUGGCCCCGCGCUAAAGUGGGCAACGACCAGGCCCUGAGUGUGGAGCUGCUGACGGUGCUGCAUCGGCUGAUGGUGACGCGGGAGUCGCUGGAGGUGCAGUUGGCCGUGCUGCAGCUGGUCCGGCAGCUGGUGUGUGCCGCCCAGGAGCACGUCCGCGAGAAGAGACACAGCGCCGAGGUGGAUGACGGCGCAUCGGAGAAGGAAACACUACCGGAGUUUGGCGAGGGCCGUGACACGGGCGGGCUGGUGCCGGGCCACUCGCUGGUGUUUGGGGCGCUGCAGCUGUGCCUGUGCGUGCUGCUGAGGAAGCUGCCCCAGCUCAGCCCCAGCCUGGCAGGGGGAGGAGGAGGAGGAGGGAGCCCUCCUGGAAGAGGAGGACGAGGAGGUGGAGGUGGAGGUGGAGGAGGGGGCAUCGGCACCCCCCUCAGCGCCUCCGACUGCCGCCUGGUGGCCGCCGCCCUGGCCAUCCUGGCAGACCUGCCCUCCAUCUGCUCCCCAGAGGGCAGCGUGUCUGUGCUGCCCACGGUGCUGUACCUGCUGGUGGGGGUGCUGUGUGAGCUGGUGCGGGCCCCGGGGGUGGUGGUAGUGACGGGGCCAGGGUCCGGGUCUCCUCUGGCCUCAGGGGCCCUGCAGGCCCUGCGCUGCGUCCUCUCCACCCCACUGAGCCGCGCAGAGAAGAGCCGCCACGCCUGGAGUCACAUGCUGCGCUGUGCCCUGAUCACCCUGCUUGACUGUGGGGACACGGGUAAGGAGGCGCUGUCUGACGAGGUGACGCUGCUGACGGCGGUGAGCGUUUUCCUGCUGUGGGCCAGCCCCGAGGUCACCUCCGCAGAGCCCCUGCAGGCACGCCUCAUCCAGCGCUUCAAGACCAGCCUCCAGGCCAAAGACCCCACGAUCUUGAGGCGAAGUUUCCAGCUGCUGACUUCAGUGUUCCAGAGCCCUGCAGGGACGUCGGGUCCCUUCAUGCAGGCCUUGGGGGUGGCGGUGAUGGGCUACCUGCGCGGGGUGGAGAGCCACAGGCCCCAGAGCCAGGAGGAGCUGCAGGCCGUUCAGGAAGGGGCCAAGGCACUGGAGGCCCUGGUGCAGGCGGCAGAGGAGACACACCGCCCCCGGCUGGCGUCGGCGCUGCUGCCCAUGCUCAUCUCCUUCCUGCUGGACGAGAACGCGCUGGCGUCGGCCGCCGUGCCCUCGCGCACCCUCCACGCCUGGGCCCUGCAGGAGCUGAUGCGCCUGGGCCCCCAGCACCCGUCCGCCCUGCGCGGCCUCAUGGCCUCGGCCCCCGCCAUGAAGGCCCGUCUGGAGGCCGCCAUCAAGGGCAGCCAGGAGCGCAGCAACAACAAGAGCACACCGCAGCCGCCCAGCAAGAGCUCCCCCAGCAUCCAGCUCAAGACCAACUUCCUGUGAUCCACACCCCCCCCUACAUAGACAUACUGUGCAUAUCUACCUUAUUUUCCACGGUUACAAGUGUGCUGCCGCCAUUACUAUCUUGGUAGCAGUUGCUAGUUCUGAAUCAUUCAGAAGAGCAGCAUAGCCAGAACUAGCAGAUAGGACUAGGCUGUGAGAUCACGACAAACGUUGAUCUGAGCUGUGGUAAUGGGUGAGAAAAUAAGGUGGAUACAUGUACAUGUAUGAUAUGUACCAUAUGCAGUGAUGAGCAACCUGGAUUCAGAAACUGUAAUCCAGUGCCACAUAUUCCAAAUUGCUUGGUUUUACCUGUUCAGAUGGUGAACAAGCCCCAACAGCUUCUCCUGGAAGUUGAAUGUCUUUAGUAACCUCAGUUCCGUCUUCCAUUAACCCAGAAUUUUGCCUGCUAUUUCGUAUCACUCAAGUUUACUGUAAAAGCAUUACGAGCCUUAUCAUGGCAGCAUUAUUUUCUACUACAAAACUAUGUUCAUUGUUCUCCCAUUGUAAGAAGCGAGUUCACUCUGUCCAGUUUUCUCCUACAGUCUGGUCUGGACCAGAACCAUGGAAGUGAGAGUUGGGCUAAUACCACUGACUAAUUCACAUUUUAACACAAUGAUGGUUGCUCAUGGAGCCUUUGAGAUAUAGAUCACCAUUUAAAUGUUUUAAUUGAUUUUUACUUCACCUUUGCUUAUGUGGUGGUCCUGUGUUAGUCUCUAAUGAACACAUACUUGCUGCCUGGAAUUAUUUGAAUCUAUGUGAAUCAUGUCACCAAUCGACGUCCUGUACCCUGGUUGUCAAGUCACAACUCUGAAUUCCAUGGACAGGUAAGGCCAGGUCAUUUAGAAUAUGUGGCACUGAAUUAUAGCUUCUGAAUCCAAGUUGAACAUCACUGUAUAUAUAUUCUAUGCCUCCCAUAUUCUCUGCCUCUUACACUUCCAACAUCACAGCUGCAAAAAUAAGAGGUGCACUCUCCAAAAAAAACAUGCUGCAUACAGUUAUCACUCAUACUGUAGGAAGCUGUAGUACUGUUGCAACAAAACAAACGAGAAAAAGGGCACGCACAUCUCCAUGUGCUGAAUUCAUUUUUUUUAAAAUUGCUAGUUUUACUUUUUAAGAAGAGCAAAAUGUAGUUCAUUUUUGUAUGGCAGUGUUUUUAACCUCUGUGAGGACAGUACUCCAAAACUAUGUAUAACUUGUACACUCACUCACUCACUACAGCUUUAGUACUCUUAAACACUAGUGUGCUGAGGAUCGAUAAGGGAAGAGAUCUGCUUCCAAGCAAACAAAACAGUCGUAACUACAGGUAUAUGUGUAUUAAAAAAGAACACUAUUUUUAGAAGA